AUGCGGACUCCACCAUCUCCCUCCACUUUCACCUCUACUAAAUCACGCCCCUCGUCACUCGCCUGUGUCGAAUGUCGCAAACAUCACAUCAAGUGUGACGCCCGCAGGCCGACCUGCUCGCGAUGCGCGGCCGCUCAGAUCAAUUGCAUCUUCCUCCCAUCUCGUCGAGGCGGUAGACGGAGGAAGAUCUCGCCCGCAAUGCCUGUCGCGAAGCUCGUCGCAAGCGCAAAGAGUCAAUUCCCUACAGCAAACCUAUUGGGCGAUCAGGCACGAAACGGAGGUACUAUUCCCCAUCUCCCGGGCGCAGAUAAUGCAGAGACACUGGCAGUUCAAGAUAAUACACCCGAAUCCAUCGUACCGGAAGCUCGGCUGGUGCGCCUUUAUUACGAGAACUUUCAUGCCGCACAUCCCAUCCUCGUCCCGGCACCGCUGUUUGAGAGGUGGGAAUACCCCCGGUAUCUGCAGCAGGUGGUCAAGUUUAUCGGCAGCCACUACUCCGUAAUCCUCGAUAAUGAUACCUUGCAAGAAUCGACAUGGCUCAUGCUCAACGGCACGGCGGAACGAACACCUCAUAUGUCGCAGGCGCUGCUAUUAUACUCAAUUAUCAUGCGCGCCCGCAAUGAGACUUCCCAAGCCGAGUCAUCCUUGACGCAAGCAGUCGACAUUGCGCUGGAGCUGGGGAUGCACCGAGAGGAGUUUGUGAUUACAGCCGCGCCAGGGAGAGACCACGAGGCGGAAAGCUUGCGGCGUACAUGGUGGAGCCUGUUCAUCUGGGAGAUUUACGGAGGAACAUUACGUGAGAAGAUGCAUCUCAGAUGCAGUGAUGCUUACUCCGAUGUUCAACUGCCCUGCGAAGAGUCAACUUACUCCUCUCUCGAGACGAUACCACCGCCCCAGUCCCUCGCUGCCUUCAGAUCGCGAGUCUACACUGAGGAUGAGAAUACAAGUUACUUCUCCUCAUUCGCCUAUUGCAUUGAAGCGGCUCGUAUUCUAGCCCGGGUCGUCAUCCUCAACGGCCUACCCGAGACACAUCACGAUCACUUGCAAGCCGUGGCAAACACGAUCGUGAGUUGGAGCCACCACCUUCCACCUGAGAAGAUUGAGAUCGUGGAUAUGUACGGGACCAUCGAUGAGAUGCUAUUCCAGGCUCAUUGCACAAUACAAUACGCGGCCAUGCUUCUCCAUUUGCCACGCAGUAAUAUCCGGCCCCGAUUCCCGGACUCGAUGUUUUCCAUCUGUCCUGUAACGCCAUUCCGUCUCUCCCCUUCCCUGACACGCCAUGUCCACGAUGUCAAAACCAUGGAAGCUUCCAAGAAUUUCUCCAAUCUACUUGCCGUCCGCUCGGAUGCCCGGGGGUAUAGUCCUACGAUCGUUUUUAUCGCGACAUUAUGCGGCCUAGUUCAGCUGGCAGCCACCGAGAUCCAUGGACCAGUAUGUGCGGAUCAUCAUCAAAAUCGAAUCGUUCUCGUUCUCGGCUGUCUCAAGUUGUUGCGGGCAAAGUGGUCUUUAGCACAAACGGCUCAUGCUCAUUUGAGGAGUGCAGCUGCGCAAGUGGUGACUUCUUCGUCGGAAUACUCGCCGUUUGAGAGGAAACCUACCCAGCCACAGGGUGAUCCUCGAGCUAGUGCGAGUCUCGAUGAGACUGCCAUGUACCUCCCCAUGGAUGAUGAUUCCAUCAAUGAUCAGUUUUCCUCCAGGCUUCUCUCGGAGUUUAUUGAUCCAACUUGCGGCGUGUCGUUUCUGUGA